AUGCAAGUCUUUGACGACAAAGGCUUGUUGUGGCAGAAUAGCACGACCUGCAAGCACUUGGCAGCCUUAGUCCAAGAUUUACUCGGUACAAACACUGUAAAGAAAGUUCUCUGCUUUGGACUCGGCGAUUUUUGCCGUUCCGCCCCUGAAUGGCUAAAAAGGCAGCAUGACUCUUGGGAUGGGACCUCAGAUGUGAAAAAUGUGACGGGCUGUAUGAUCCAGCAUUCGAUGGCUCUCACUAUUGCUCAACUUUGUCGUGGCAAUGAAACAGUGCCAUUAUAUUCCCAGGACCCAGAUUAUACAGAGGUCGCAGAAGAAAUUCUGACCAAGAAGGAAUUCAAAAUUUUUGGACCUCACGGUGCAGGAGGAUUCGCGGAAAUCGACGAUGAAUCGAUCGUGAUAUCACCAUUUGCUGCUGCCCCAGUCAAGCAGAUUAUCGCCGAUGUUGCUCGGCCUGUGCUCAUCAUUUCCACCGGCUUCGACGUCUUCAAUAACAAUGAGGCACUCUAUAGAAAACCACUGGCAGAUGCCGAAUCUCCGAGAACCAGGAAAAUGUGGCUUGAUUAUGAUGCCUAUAGCCUUCCAAGCCUUUCUGAUGAUGUUGAAAUAUGCUGUGCAUUGAGAGGAUUACAUUUAUAUCGUAGACGUCAGCAACCUCUAGAUUCGCAAGGAGCCUGA